AUGGAUGCUUCGCCAUUCCCUGACGAUAUUCGAGAUUUUCUUCACGAAUAUACCUCAGCCACAGUCCUUUUCCCGCUCUCUGAAUCCGUCCGAGGCCUUAUCGAAAGUGAUCAUGACGAAUCGUCCCUUGCCCGCAGUAUCCACAAAUUGGUUGAGCAGAGCGAAGUUGUCUGGAAGCCCAAGAUUGGCAAACACGAGAUUGUUCUCAAGUGCAGCCCUGGUAUUGCUCUCAAGAUUAUAUCGAAUAUGGACAACUUGACCGAAUACACAACCCUGCAAUACCUCGAGGAACACAAACCCACUAUUCCUGCGCCAAGGCCACUCGGUCUUGUACGCCUUGGUAGAUUCUUCCUUGUCUUUAUGACGCUUGUGCCUGGUACGACACUCGAAGCAGUCUGGCCAAAACUAGACGACUGCCUUAAGCGCUCAGUCCAAGCACAGCUGAACGAUAUAUUCAUCGAAGUACGGUCUUUGACCCGUCCCGAUAACAUGCCACUUGGAGGUGUAGCAGGAGAAGGUUGUCAAGAUGCGAGGAGAAAUGUUCGCCGCACAACCGACCCUAUUUGGACUACAGAAGAUCUCGACGACUGGCAAUUCUCUAAUCCCCAUUACGGAAGCCCAAUUUACAUCAAAUUCCUCCGAAGUCUUUGCCCGCCCCUAUCACAGAAGCAUGUCCUCAGCCACAAUGAUCUUCGGCCUGAAAAUAUUAUAGUAAAGCUUGAAGGAGGGCAAUGUCGCGUGACCGGCAUUAUUGACUGGGAAUACGCCGGCUUCUAUCCAGAGUACUACGAGUCUACCAAGGUGACGAAUUGUCUAGGCACGAACGAGACUAGUGAUUGGUACUUGUUCAUUCCUGAAUGCGUCUCUCCGCUUCGGAACGCGCAGAAAUGGUUGCUAGACGCUCGCUGGGAUAAUCAUAUAGCGUAG